AUGGGUAACGUGCAUACAAAUGAUAUUUACAUUGCUGAACCUCAUCCAUCAGAUUUAUGCGAUUCACGUUCGCUUGUGGGCACUUGGCGUGAUACGAAGUAUGGUUCAUGCAUGCAUUUCGAUUAUGUUUUUCAUGGAAAAUCAAGUUACCUGAUCGGUACAUCGUCAACAGGCGCCUACGCUCAAGUUCGUCUAACCGGUGCAAUUGUAGAUUUAAGUUUAAUUUUACCUGAUGGUUGUUCGUCAUAUCAGUAUCGUGGCUUGUUAGAAAUCAACAAUGAUGAUCAACAAACGCAUACUAUACGUUGGAUCAAGAAGAAUUUUCACAGUGGAGAAUGGUACACAACAAGUUCAUGGACAAAAUUGUAA